GGCCACUUCCGGCUAUAUGACGACUACGGCGUUGAUACAAAAAGAGAGAAGGAAAACACAAGGAAAAUACCUUUCUUGGCGAGAACGGCGGAAACUUAACCUUGGCGGGCAGAUUGUAAUGAAAGACUCAUUUAUGUGGCGACAUAACUAACUGGUGAUAGUAAAUCAGCGUCGCUGGAAAGCGUGGCGAAAGACCGCUGAUAUUUGGAGUUUAUUGUUCUUAGCUUGCUCUCCCCAGCUAAGCUAUUCCUGUGUUCCCUGCGCUACGUAGCCGAGGAAGCUAACGUUGGCUAACGCUGGAUCCCAACACGGUGUGUGUUUUUAACUCUCAGUUUAGCGAACGGCGUGAAAGAACAUAGCCCGGUUCAUACGUUGAGUUUGCCGUUGGACUCCGCUAUCUUCUCCUAGCUCAGUGGCUUCAGUUGGGCGAGAAUGGCAACGUCGGCUCUGUACGCCUGUACGAAGUGUAACCAGCGGUACCCGUUUGAGGAGCUGUCGCAGGGCCAGCAGCUGUGCAAGGAGUGUCGCAUCGCACACCCAAUAGUGAAGUGUACAUAUUGCAGAUCUGAGUUUCAGCAGGAAAGUAAGACAAACACAAUCUGCAAGAAAUGUGCCCAGAACGUCAAACAGUUCGGAACUCCCAAACCCUGUCAGUACUGUAACAUCAUAGCAGCUUUCAUCGGAACAAAGUGCCAGCGCUGUACUAACUCAGAGAAGAAGUAUGGACCUCCACAGACCUGCGAACAGUGCAAACAGCAAUGCGCCUUCGACCGCAAGGAAGAGGGCAGAAGAAAGGUGGACGGAAAGCUGCUAUGCUGGCUGUGUACUCUGUCCUAUCGCCGUGUCCUGCAAAAGACUAAAGAGCAAAGGAAGGGCUUCGGCUCCUCUAACUCCUCAUCCCUGAAUGAGAAAGACCAUCACUCCAGAUCACACCAUCAUCACCACCACCAUCACCACAGACACAGCGGUUCUCACCACAAACUGAGUGGGAGCCUGAGUCCUGAGCAGGAGCCAGGACUGUGGAAACAGAGCCAUAAAUCGUCUUCAAUCCAGAAGGAGACUCCAAAGAAAAAACCAAAACUGGAGCUGAAGCCAUCAAAUGGGGACAGUAGUUCCAUCACUCAAUCAAUGGACUCUGGUGGAACAGACAACUUCAUCCUCAUCAGCCAGCUGAAAGAGGAGGUGAUGUCUCUGAAGAGACUUCUCCAGCAAAGGGAUCAGACCAUCCUCGAGAAGGACCGAAAGCUCACAGAGCUCAAAGCGGACUUUCAGUACCAGGAGUCAAAUAUGAGAGUGAAGAUGAACCAAAUGGAAAAGUCACAUAAGGAGGCUAUGGAGCAACAACAGUCGAAGAACAGGGAGUUGAUGAAACAAGUUGCCGCCCUUUCAAAGGGAAAAAAGUUUGACCGGACAGGAAGUUCUCUGUUGUUGCCCUAACAAUAGGCCGGCCAACGGGUAAUGACACAGAGCGGUUUCAUUUCAGUAACACUGUGAAAGUCUCCCACCUGUGUUACCUCAUUGCCAUCAACAUCAAUUUCGUUUGAAUUGGUGAAACCAGAGGCCAUGUUGUACAUGGAAAGCGUCAAAUCGGGGGCUGAAAAAAAUGUAUAAAUGUCACAGAUUUUAGAUAUAUUAUGGCAUCUUUCUGCCCCCAAAACCAUAGGGUGUGACUUUUGAUGGCGUGGAGGAUGGAGCCCACAUGUUUUCUUUCUUUCCUUUUUUUUUUGUUUGUAUGUUUAUAUCACUGCCGGGCCAAAACAAAAAGCAUGGUGUGCUCAUGUGGAGAGCAUUCUGGUGACUCAGCGUAUCCACUUGAUUUUUAUGUAUGUCAUGCAUUUAUUUAUUCAACUGUAUUUCUUAGCUUUUUUAUUUCCUCACAACAUACUUAAACUAUCCAAAAUUUUGGGGGUUUCUUUAAUAGCAGUCAGUUAUAUUUUUCUAAACGGAUGCGGUUGUUGAGGAAACGCUCUCCUUAACAGAGACCGUGUGCAACUUUACAAUGUAUGCAAAUGCCGGACCGGUUACCACUCAGCUGCCGCUCGACAGUGGAGAUGUAUCAGCGACGACUCGGUCAACGAUGGGUGAGCAAUCUGAGUAGCCCUCAGACCGACUGGGCAGCCCUCUUUCUCACUGUGUGGCAGCUGGAGUGCUUUUGCUGUUCUCUUUAGUGGAACGAUUGUAACAUUGCAUGAUUUUACUGCCAGAUAACGGGUGGCGUUGUGGUCAAACAUCUUUUUCCUCCCCCUUUUAUUUAGUUUUUUAAGAAUCAUUGUAAAUGCAUUUCUGGGGUCAGCCAUUAUAUUUAAACUGUUGCUUGUAUCUGUUUUAGUGAGUACAGUAUGUGUAUGGUGAGGCCAGUUGAAAUUAACUUGUCUGUAGAAGAUGCUUUUUAAAGAAACACACUUAUCACUCUACAUCACUGGGCUGGUUUCAUACUGUGGCGUUCAGGAUCACUUUUGUACUUUUUUCCAAUCUCAAGUGUUUAAAACUAUUAAAACUGGCUAAACUGUUUA